AUGUACGAUCUCAUUGAAAAACUACAACAGAAAAUCAAGACCUAUAAACGCCAAGUUGAAGAUGCGGAAGGUUUGGCAGCGCAAAAUCUGGCCAAGUAUCGCCAACUUCAACAUGCUCUUGAAGAUGCCGAGGAACGAGCCGAUGCAGCUGAAAACGCGCUAGCUAAAAUGCGAUUGAAGAACCGAAGCGGAUCGUAUAGGACGUUGUCGCAUUCGAUGUCGAGCACGGCCGUGAAUACACGAAGCAGCUCUCGAGGUCGCAUCCUGGAUGACGGAAUUGAGGAGUGA